CAGGACAGUCAAGUUUUUCUACGUUUGCAAUUUAUUAUUAGCGUUUUCGUUUCUAAUCCAAUUUGGACUCAAACAUCACUUUUAGCAAGUUUCAGUUCUCUUGAGCUUCUAUGAUAACGCUCGGAAAUUACGCACCGUGGAGCUAGCCAAAUCUCCAGCUGGAUCAUGUGUUUUGUAAAGAUUUGAGAAUAUCAGUCUGAUAUUGUGGCUCUGUGUGUCUCGUGAGAGAGGUCGCUGAGCCGCACAGCGGGCAGAGGGGGACAGAGGCAGAGGAGACAGCCUGAAAAAGGAAGCACGACUCGCUUAUCGCGUCAUUCUGGGUUUAGGCGUUGAGCAGGAAACAGCCUUUCCUCUUGGAUUGUCGCAGUAGGAACAAACACAGAAUUUUGUCUUCCCUCAAUGCACCCCUCGGCACAGAACACGCGGAAGCCGGUCAGAAGGAAGAAUGCCUCCUUCGAUGGAGAUCGCUGUCCUGCUCCUCGGCGUCCUGGCUCUGGAGACGCGCCGGAGCGCGAGCGCGCUGCUCAUCCAACAGGCAUUCCCGUCUCCAAACCACACCAAUAACUUUGUGGUGGAUCCGGUGUCCGGGAAGGUCUACCUGGCCACCGUUAACAGCGUUUACCAGCUGAACGGGACCUUGAGCUUGGAGGUGGAGGAGAGGACGGGGCCGGUGGAGGACAACCUGUUGUGCCACGCGCCACAGCUGCCCCAAGCUCCGUGCGAGCAUCCCAAAGCCCUCACCGACAACCACAACAAGCUGCUCAAGCUGGACCGCGAGCAAGGGGUCGUGGUUGUGUGUGGGUCCGUGUACCAGGGCUUCUGCGAGCUGCGGAAAAUGGGGAAUAUUUCCGAGAUAGCAGUGGAGUUCCCACCUCAGGGCGGGAAGACUGUUUUCCCCAGCAUGCUCAACAUCGCUGCCAAUCACCCGAACGCGUCCACCGUGGGGCUCAUCUUCAAGAGCCACGGGGGAAACACCCGGCUUUUGGUCGGGGCAACAUACACAGGGGCUGGAACCCAGUUUUUCCCCAAGAACCACAGCAAGGAGGACUUGCGUUUUGAAAACACACCAGAGAUCGCAAUCCGCUCCUUGAAUAUCAAGGACCUGUCCAGACUUUUCACAUAUGACAUUAACCCUUCAGAGGAUAACGUGUUUAAAAUAAAGCAAGAAGUUAAAACCAAAAACAAACUCAACUUUGUCCACGCCUUCAUCCAGAAGACUUAUUCCUAUAUCGCUUUUAACAAUGAUGCAAAAAUGGGCCACAAAGAGAGCCAGCCCAACAGCAUCCUUGCCAGAAUAUGUCUGGAUACGGAGAAUCUCCGAAAAUCCUCCGGACCGGAGAGCAGAAAGCUCACCGAGUCCUACAUUCAGAUGCCUCUACAGUGCGGGUAUAACGGGAACAUUUACAACCGGCUGGUGUCUGUUUACCCCGCAGAGAUCCAUGUUGAUCACGGAGCGAGCCCUGAGCCCUACCUGUUUGGGGUGUUUUCUAAGGCGGACAGAAAGUCUGCUCUGUGUGCUUUCAAGUUUGGAGAGAUUGAGGAGGAGAUCCGACAAGGCCGAAGGAACUGCUCCAACUCUCCCAGCAGUGACGUCCAGGUGCUGGACAGUGUCAUCCAGGGCUCCGGAGCAGCCUGCAUUCAGAAAGGGAACCUGGUGUUGCAGCCCGAGCAGCUGGACUGCGGUGCGGCCCACCUGCAGCACCCUCUGGCCCUACGGAGGUCCCUGAGAGCCAUUCCCCUCUUUGAAUACUCGGGACUCAGUUCAGUGUCAGUGGACAAUGUGCACAACCACACUGUGGUUUUUCUGGGAACCAGUAAUGGACGACUACGUAAGCUGACCCUCUUGCCAAACAUGACGUCGGCCAGUCAGUGGACGCUGAAGCUUCCGGCCAGCGAGGCAGUUGACCAUAUCAUGACAUUCGAUCCCAGUGACAGCAACUUCCUUUACGUCAUGACGUCUCACCAUAUGCUGAGAGUGAAAGUGGCUGAAUGUGACCAGUGGAGGAGCUGCAGUGACUGUCUGGGAGCGGGCGACGCCCACUGUGGCUGGUGCACGCUGGAGAACAGAUGUACCAUCCAGAAGGAGUGUGCUCGGGGGCUUUUGGCACGCUCUUGGAUCAGCCUGGGUGAAGGCCCCCAGCAGUGCCCAUCAAUCACCCUGACACCCUCAGAGAUCAGCAUCUCUGCAGACAUCAAGGUUGUCGGCAUUCUAAUAAAUGGCAGCGUUCCCGAUCUGAUUGGCUCCCGAGUGGAGUGCGAGUAUGGCCCAGGGCUUUCUACUGUUGCCACACUGCACCUGGACUACGGCCCGGCUCAGAUCCAGACCUGUCCCCUGCUCUCUCGGGAACUCUACCAACCAAUCCUUCCUGGCAAGGAUCACCUGACUGUUUCUGUGGCAAUAAAAGUCAACGGUACAUCUGUGGUAUCUGGGAGCUUCAUCUACUAUGACUGUGAAAGGACUGGAGCAAUACACCCCAAGAUGUCAUGCACGAGGUGUCUGAGUUCCAGUUGGAAGUGUUACUGGGACCAAGAGAACCACCUGUGUGUUUCCAAUAAAGACGAUUCAAAGCACAACCUGCUCGAGAAUGCAACUUCCUGUCCCAGCCUGGUCCCUUUAGAGGUUCCGCCAUCACCGUCAGGAAUGGCCCAAGACUUCACCCUAUUGCUGAGCAACAUCCAGGAGGGAAAGAAAUUGGAGUGUGACUUUGGAACAGAGCAACGAUAUGAGGCAGUCUGGCUGAACAACACGACUGUCAAGUGCAGUGGGGUGACACUGUUCACUAACCAGAAGAGUCAAGUUUACCACCUCAGUCUGAGAAGAAAAGAACGCUUUAGCAGAGAGAGGGAGGAUAUGUUCAUUGACAGCCCUCAGCCUGUAAGAGUGGAGGUGUACAACUGUGGCGUGGGUAGUUGGGACUGCUCUCAGUGCUGGGGCCGCGAGGCUCAGCAGCACCUCUGUGGCUGGUGUGAAAAUGGCUGCAGGCCGAGGGGUGAAUGUCAGUCAAUCGGAGACUCGUGUCCCGCUCCUGAGAUCCACAAGAUCUUGCCCCUGAGGGGUCCUGUUGAAGGAGGCACAUUGCUGACAGUACAAGGCAAGAACCUGGGCCAGAGGGCUGAUGCAGUGGAGGUCUUUAUAGGCAGCGUGCCAUGUGAUCUACUACCUAAUCGCUAUACUGUCUCCGUGGAGCUAGUGUGUCGCACUGGGAGGUCUGAGUCUGAGAGUACAGAUAUUGUCCGUGUGCAUGUGGAUCAGAGCAGGACCGGGUCAUCAAAGGAGAGCUUCUCAUACUUGGUCCCAGUGCUGCAGUCCAUGGAGCCAAGCAAAGGCCCUCGUUCUGGAGGAACCAAAGUGACCAUCAGGGGGAAACAUCUGGACAUUGGCUCUCAGGUUAUAGUCAAGGUCAACAACACGCUGGAAUGCAGCAUUAAGGAGCAAACAGAACAGAUGAUUGAAUGCAUCAUGCCUCCAGCCUUACAUGCACAUAUAGAGCCGGUGGACGUGUGUGUGGAGUUUGAGGACCGUCCCUGUCAGGACUUGGAUCUUAGUGCCACAUUCAUGUAUGAAAGGAACCCCAUUAUCAGCUCCAUCCACCCGAAAAAGAGUUUCCUCAGUGGGGGCAGGAUCAUCACUGUGACAGGUCAGCGUUUUGAUCUGGUGCAGAGUGUGACCAUGCAGCUGCUGGAAAUUGGAGAAUCACAGUGUACAGUGUUCUCCCCCACCACCAUUACCUGUCCGUCCCCAGCGUCCAGUCAGUCCCAGGAGACCUCUGUGCAGUUCAUCCUGAAUGAAAUCCCUUACACUGGGGAUAGCCCAUUAUCCUCUGAUUACGAGCCAGAGGAAGAGGAGGAGGAACCUCACAAAAGUCACUUCCUGUUGGAAUAUGUAGAAGACCCUCAAUUCUUCACCGCCAACAAGGAAAAGCUUAUUAAACACCAUUUGGGAGAGCCUCUAACACUCAUCAUCAAUAAAGUUCCAAGCGAUCUGGAGUUGGUGCCGGAGGAAUACUCGGUGAUGAUUGGCUCCUAUCCUUGUAAUAUCAGCUUCCAUAAUGACCAGCUGUUCCACUGCACCAUUAAUGGACUACUGAGAUCAAGCGAAAGCGAGCUGCCUGUCACUGUGCAAGUGGGGAACUUUCAUCACACUAUCGCCAAAGUGCAGCUCGGCGGCAGUGAGCUGGCCAUCGUGGUUUCCAUUGUGGUGUGCUGUGUGCUGUUACUGCUGUGCACAGUGGCGCUUGUGGUGUACUGCACCAAGAGCCGAAGGGCGGAGCGCUACUGGCAGAAAACGCUUCUGCAAAUGGAGGAGAUGGAGUCCCAAAUCCGAGAGGAGAUUCGGAAAGGGUUUGCAGAGCUUCAAACAGACAUGACAGAUCUGACCAAGGAGCUAAAUCGUAGCCAGGGCAUCCCCUUUUUGGAGUACAAACAGUUUGUCACACGCACGUUCUUCCCCAAGAUGUGCUCCGAUUACGAGAAGAGUCUGGUCCAGCCCACCUAUGAGAACCAUUCUAUGGGACCUCGAAUAUUGCCAGAGACCCACCCACUGCUGCAGGACUGGCAGGCCACCAACACAACAAGGCCCAACGUGGAGGAGGGCAUCACUAUGUUCUCCACUCUCCUCAAUAAUAAGCACUUCCUGAUUACAUUUGUCCACGCCUUGGAGCAGCAGAAGGACUUUGCUGUGCGAGACAGAUGCAGCCUGGCAUCCUUGCUCACCAUUGCCCUCCAUGGUAAACUUGAGUACUACACCAGCAUCAUGAAAGACUUGUUAGUAGAUCUUAUUGACGCCUCGGCCUCUAAGAACCCCAAACUGAUGCUGCGUCGCACUGAGUCCGUUGUGGAGAAAAUGCUUACCAACUGGAUGUCCAUUUGCAUGUACAGCUACCUCAAGGAGACAGUGGGUGAGCCCUUCUUCCUGCUACUUUGUGCAAUAAAGCAGCAAAUCAACAAGGGCUCCAUAGACGCUAUCACCGGAAAAGCCCGCUACACCCUCAAUGAAGAGUGGCUGCUCCGUGAGAACGUUGAGGCCAAGCCACAGAACAUCAACGUGUGUUUCCAGGGAUGUGGCAUGGACUCACUGUCAGUUAGGGUCAUGAAUACUGACACUAUCUGCCAAGUAAAGGAAAAAAUCAUAGAAGCCUUUUACAAAAACCUGCCUUUCUCUCAGUGGCCUCGAGCAGAGGAUGUAGACCUAGAGUGGUUUGACUCUGGCAGUAAUAGUAAGCUUCUGCAGGACCUGGACAACUCCUCAGUGAUGGAGGACGGCCGAAAGAAACUCAACACGGUCUUCCAUUACCAGAUCCCAGAGGGAGCUUCACUGGCCAUGAGCAUGAAAGACAAGAAAGAGAACACCCUAGGGAGAGUUAAAGACCUGGAUACAGAGAAGUAUGUACACUUGGUCCUACCUCAUGAUGAGUUAAUAGAGACCAAGAAGUCGCACAGGCAGAGCCAUCGGAAGAAAGUCUUGCCUGAAAUUUACUUGACACGGCUGCUGUCCACUAAGGGGACUCUUCAGAAGUUUUUAGAUGACCUCUUUCAAGCCAUCCUCAGCAUCCCUCCGGACCGCCCGCCUCUGGCUGUCAAAUAUUUUUUUGACUUUCUUGAGGAGCAGGCUGACAAACGGGGCAUAACAGACCCAGACACCCUACACAUCUGGAAAACCAAUAGUUUACCUCUGCGUUUCUGGGUGAACAUCCUGAAGAACCCUCAGUUUGUGUUUGACAUUGAUAAGACAGAUCACAUGGACGCCUGUCUAUCUGUCAUCGCUCAGGCCUUCAUCGAUGCCUGCUCCAUUUCUGACCUGCAGCUAGGCAAGGACUCCCCCACCAACAAGCUUUUGUAUGCAAAAGAGAUCCCUGAGUACAAGAAGAGAGUGCAGUGCUACUACCAGCAGAUACAGGAAAUGGCCCCUCUGAGUGAGCAGGAGAUGAAUGCUCACCUGGCUGAGGAGUCAAGAAAGUACAGAAAUGACUUUAACACCAACCUGGCCUUGACAGAAAUCUACAAAUAUGCCAAGAGAUACAGAAACCAGGUGGUGAACGCUCUGGAGGCCAACCCCACGGCUCGUCGCACGCAGUUGCACCACAAGUUCGAGCAGGUCAUUGCUCUAGUGGAGGACAACAUAUACGAGUGCUGCAGUGAAGCCUGAACCCGUCGGCCUUCUCUGCUCGCCAUCUCUGUCUCCUGCUGCCAGCUGCCUUCUUCCUGCCCACCCGGUCACCUGGGAAUGCCAUUAGGGAGUUCUUGUACGCUAGUGUCUUUCCCGCAGACAAAGGUGAAUAGCGGCAGAGCGAGGGGUAUGACGCUUGCCACCCAAGCAUCAUGUCAUAUCUCUACUCAUGACACAAUUCCAGCGUGGCUCGACUAUACUUUAGAAGGAAUGUGUAUGAACUCAGCGCUUUUCCUGGAUGUCUUCACGGUCACUGGGAACUGCAGUACGCCCUGGUGGCAUUCUUAACGCACUGAGCCCUUCUCCGAAGGGAACGAGCCAAUGAUGCACUGUACUGUAAUAUAAUGUCCAUAGCAAUAUUUAUAGAUGUGUUAUAAUGCUUUCAAGUGACCUGUUCAUCAGGAUUAGAAGGACCCCUCUCAUUUCCUAAAGCCUGCAGUGCUCUCAGGUGUGAUUGGUGAAGAUGGACUACUGACCCCCAUUGGGCCUUUGAACAGUAUGACCCAGCUUUACAUGGCAGGGUGAUAACAGGUUGAUGAAGAGGGGAGAGAAGAAUAUUAAAAAAGGACAACUAAGAAAUCAAAUGUUUUAAUGUAGUUCACUGGGAAGAGGUGCAUCAAUAUAGAAGUGUUAAUCGGUGUGCUUGUGAACGAAUGAAUAUCAUGCUCUCUGAUCAAUUUAAAGAGGGAAAUUUGCAUUUAAGAAAAAAAAAAGUGAGCUCAGUAUAAUCAGAGAGACUGUAAUGUGAUGCCAAAUGAUUUGUUUGUGAAAUAAAUGACAGUAUUUAGAAUUUUAAACA